AUGAAGAAAGCCUUCACCACCCCAGCAUCUCUUGAUCGUGAACUCGAGCCGUCGCCGGAUAUGAAAGAGAGAGUGACAGCCGUGGAGAAGAUCGUCGGCUACAGCUUCAAGAACAAGAGGCUUCUAGAAGAAGCUCUCACCCACUCCUCCUUCCUUUGGUCCGCUUCGUAUCAACGCCUCGAGGUCCUCGGCGACAGCGUUCUGAACCACGCAGUCACCAACUACUUUUUUUGUAUGGCUGACCGCCGGAAGUUCAACGAAGACCAAAUCACUAAGCUACGCUCCGCUAAUGCUGGCAACCUCAAGCUCGCCCGCGUCGCUGUUCGCCUUGGGCUUUAUCCCUACCUUCGCCGCUACAAUACAUCUGGUCUUGAUGAUAAGAUGGCCAUGGAAUUUAGGUAG